AGCAUCCAAGAGUCUAAAACCAAAGCAGGGCCUCAUCAGUACUGACUACUGAAACUGCAAACUCUACUGAAAUGGCUUCCAGAGCUCUCUGCUUCUUUGCUUUGCUAUCUCUCUCAGCUGUGCUUUGCUUUGCUGAGAGCAAUGAGGAAGACCCAGGUCUUGUUAUGAACUUCUACAGUGACUCAUGUCCUCAGGCUGAAGAUAUCGUCAGAGAGCAGGUCAAGCUCCUCUACAAGCGCCACAAGAACACUGCUUUCUCUUGGCUCAGAAACAUCUUCCAUGACUGUGCUGUCCAGUCAUGUGAUGCUUCACUACUUUUGGAUUCAACAAGGAGGUCUUUGUCUGAGAAAGAAAUGGACAGAAGCUUUGGGAUGAGAAAUUUCAGGUACAUUGAAGAGAUCAAAGAAGCAAUAGAGAGGGAGUGCCCUGGAGUUGUUUCUUGCUCAGAUAUUCUUGUCUUGUCAGCCAGAGAAGGAGUUGUUAGGCUAGGAGGCCCAUUUAUUCCUCUUAAAACUGGAAGGAGAGAUGGUAGAAGGAGCAGAGCAGAGAUCCUUGAGGAGUAUCUUCCUGACCACAAUGAGAGCAUGUCAACUGUUCUUGAGAAGUUCUCUGCCAUGGGCAUUGACACCCCUGGAGUUGUUGCCCUUCUAGGAGCUCACAGUGUUGGAAGAACACACUGUGUGAAGUUGGUGCACCGUUUGUACCCAGAAGUUGACCCAGCUCUGAACCCAGACCACGUCCCCCACAUGCUCAAGAAGUGCCCUGAUUCUAUCCCCGACCCCAAGGCAGUCCAGUACGUGAGAAAUGACCGUGGUACCCCCAUGAUCUUCGACAACAACUACUACAGGAACAUCUUGGACAACAAGGGUUUGAUGAUGGUGGAUCACCAGCUUGCCACAGACAAGAGGACCAAGCCCUAUGUCAAGAAAAUGGCCAAAAGCCAAGACUACUUCUUCAAGGAGUUCACAAGAGCCUUCACCAUUCUCUCCGAGAACAACCCUCUCACCGGAGACAAGGGCGAGAUCAGGCAACAGUGCAAUGUGGCCAACAAGCUCCACUAGAGCGACCUAGCUAGCUCUGUUUAGAAGUGCUUUUCUUCUUUGGUUAUACAAAGGAGAAAGAGUAGCUAGCUCGUGUGAGUGCGUGACGCAGCUGCUUGCAUAAUAAGUUUUUUCCUUUUCUAGAAGUCGUUCGUUUCUAUGGCAGCUAUCAUCAGUGCACUGUCCCAUGAUGUAUGGUUUUUCUCCUUCUGUUUUUGUUGUUGUUCUUGUAAUGAUGUUGGGAUGAAUGUAUGUAUGUAUGGGUGGUUUCAACAUGUAUUAUGCAUGGACUUCAAUGAUGAUGGUGAUUGAUACUUCAUGCUUAUAUAAGAGCAACUCUUAACAACUUUUUUGUGAA